ACUCUCAAACCAAAAAUGGCUUCCAACCAAGAAUGCCUCUUGGAAAACGGCAACCCUAUUAAUGACACAAGGGAGGAGGAGGAGGAGGUGAACCACCACCAUGGCAGGACAGCCAGGCAAAUGUCAGCGUCUUCGCUGCGCAGAAAGUCGGAUCCUUCACUAGCAAAUGGUGUCCAGAACCGCCACCUUAGGCAGUUGCUCGUAAAUCUUCAAGUUGUUCUUUUUGGGACUAAGCUUUCAGUUCUCCUUCCCACCAUUCCUCUAUCCAUUAUUGCUGUGUGCUAUGGCUUUGGAAAGGUGACCUGGAUUUUCGCUCUGAGCUUACUUGCAAUAACCUUACUUGCUGAGCGGAUCAGUUUCCUUACAGAACAAAUAUCAUACUACACUGGUCCAACAGUUGGGGGGCUUCUGAAUGCAACAUUUGGUAAUGCCACAGAGCUGAUCAUAGCAAUAUCUGCUCUAAGCCAAAAUAACAUAGCUUUGCUCAAGUAUUCUCUCUUGGGUUCUGUUCUUUCCAACCUUCUCUUGGUCCUUGGCACCUCCCUUUUCUGCGGUGGCCUUGCCAACCUCAGAGGGGAGCAAAAAUUUGAAAGAAGACAGGCGAAUGUGAACUCUCUCCUUCUACUUCUAGGCACAUUCUGCCACAUGCUGCCGAUGUUGCUUCGAUACGCUGGGGACUCUGCAGUAGCAGUGGACCAAACACUCCAAAUCUCAAGGGCCUUUAGUAUCGUAAUGCUACUUUCUUAUACUGCAUUCUUAUUCUUCCAACUGUGGACUCACCAUGGAUAUUUCGAAUCUCAGCAAGUAUCGGAAGUUGAUGGCGACGAGGAUGUUCAAGAAGAUGUGGCUGAGGUCGGUUUCUGGAGUGGAUUUUCUUGGUUGUUUGUUGUCACUACCAUCACAGCUUUGCUGUCUGAGUAUGUGGUGGGCACAAUUGAGGAUGCGUCAAGAUCCUGGGGUUUGUCAGUCAGCUUCCUCAGCCUCAUCCUUGUACCGAUUCUUGGAAAUGCAGCUGAGCAUGCAGGAUCGAUCAUAUUUGCUCUCAAGAACAAGUUGGAUAUAUCUUUAGCAGUCUCUUUGGGGUCUGCAACUCAGAUUGCAAUGUUUGUGGUUCCGUGCUGCGCUGUCGUUGGUUGGAUAAUGGGAGUUAACAUGGAUCUGAACUUCAAUCUGAUUGAGACACUGUCAUUUGCUCUAGCAGUGAUCACAGCAGCCUUUGCUCUACAAGAUGGGACUUCACAUUAUGUGAAGGGAUUGGUUCUUAUUCUCUGCUACGUUGUCAUUGGAAUCUGCUUCUUCGUAUACGAAACACCCCUCGAUCGGUGAGUAGUUAGAAGAGAAGUGACUUCUGCAUACACUUUUUCACAUCCUGUACACCACUAUUCUUUUUUGGUCUUUGGUUCGAAUCAAGGGUGGUCAACUUUAAUAGGCGCAAAUAGAAGGUAAAA